AAUGUACGUGCGUGACAUGAAUUGAACGUUGCCAAUGAAAUGUCAUGCACAGCGACCGAGUCCGUGUAUGUGUGCGAGCUGUCAAAAUGAAUGGUGCGUGUGCAAUGGUGUUAGUUUUGACCGAGUUUAUGUGUUUAUGCGUGACAACUCCUAGUUAAAAGUUGGCGUUUGAAAUGCGAAUAACUCACAUCGACCGUAUUUGGCACUGAGAACGAAGCGACAAAAAUAGGCGGCCAACGACAAAAUUUCAACGAAUUUUCUUCGAAACGAAUAAGAUAAAAUAUCACAGUCAAAAUCAUCGAGCAAAACUCCUGAUUUCCGUUGCUUCAUCCGACUUCAAGUAAAUAAAGUAGACGGAACGCGCGCGCCGCACAUUUUUGUGUCUAUUUGGUAAUAUGGCAUCAUCACGAUAUACACAUGCGAUAGUGUGUCGGAUACCAUUGUCGUUUCGCACGCGUGGCGAAAUUGAUUUGGAGGAAGCGAAACGCGAACAUGAAGCCUAUGUAAAUUUAUUGCGUGAAUUGGGCUUGGAUGUCAUUGAAUUGCCGCCCGAUGAAAAUUUCCCCGAAUGCACAUUUGUCGAAGACACAGCCGUCGUAUGCAAUGGCAUUGCCCUGAUCACACGGCCGGGCCAACCAAACCGAACCAACGAAACGGAAAACAUUCGAACGGUGUUCAAGAAAGAGUUAGACAUUCCAAUUGUUGAAAUUGCCGAUCCAAAUGCCAAAUUGGACGGCGGUGAUGUGCUGUUCACGGGCAAAGAGUUCUUCGUCGGUUUAUCGCCGUGGACGAAUGAAGCUGGUGCAAAAGCGGUUGCGGCCGCUUUUCCCGAAUAUCCAUGUGUUCCAAUCAAAGUUACCGAACAACAGCAUCUGAAGUAUUACAUUUCCGUGGCUGGACCGGAUUUGUUGUGUGUCAGCAGUACAAAGGAAUCACAAGAGAUUUUACGACGAAUCGAACGCGAAGCAACAUUUUCAUACCAAACACUGACGCUGAGCGAAGCAUCUGCCGCUAAUGUGCUCAAUGUGAACGGUACAUUGAUACACCGGGCUGUACAAGAUUGUCCCAUUUCGUCGGCGGUCAUUGCCGAUAAAAUCGAUGUUCCGCGUCAAACGUUACAAUUUUCACAGCUGGGCAAAUACUCAACCGGACUGACGGCAUGCUCAGUUCUGCUGCGUCGCACCAAAUACAUUCGAAAUCUCUAAGAUGAAAAACUAAAUUCGCACAAAUUCGGCUAGGGUGUGUGUUUUACUAAACACGAAAAUGGCAAUUGUUCUUGGGCAAAAAAACGCGCUCGAAAGCACCAAAGAUCCUUUAUGAUAUUUCUUCUUUUUUUUCGUCUGACAAAUCAACCAACACUUUUUGAUUGGUUCUAAAACAACGUUCGCUCCCCAACAACGUUGACAACAUUUUUCGACACAGCAAACACACACUCCACCGAAUUAUGCGCGAAUGACAAGCCACACCACGUACAAUUCCUUAUUCAAUUCAUAUAUUCAACAGUGUUGUGCAAAGCAAUUCAAAUAUGCCAUUUAUUUCUGUGGAUUUUUUUUAGGUUGGUUCGAAGUCAGAGUAAGGAAAAGGUCCUUUUCGGCAUCCAAGUUGUGACUUCUUCAACAAUAGACCAUUUUCAAUUAUUCGUAGAGGAACAUAGCUUGAAAAUGAAACAGAGUGAGAAGAAAUUGUUUUGGUUCUUCAAAUGGUGUGUACCGUUGAAGAGAUGCCAACUGAAAAGACCCAAGAAGAAGACCUCCUUCCGGCUCUGAGUUGUUCCUUCUCCGAACCAUCAAUUACUUUGCAAAUCACCAUCCUAAUUCAGUAUACUUCCAGUCAACAACAGUUCAAUCACAAGCAAUCCAGUUUUAUUUCCAAAAAUAUUUUUGUAUCAGAGUUUUUUUUGUGUAGUUUAACUCUUUGCGUGAUGCCAUUCGGAAAAUUUGAUGAUGAUGUAGAAACAAUUUUGGUAGGCGAUAUAAAUCGCAAGGAAAAUCAAAUUGUUCACAUUUUUCGAAAUGGCCUCUGCCGAACAUUAAUUUAUACCAAUUUGAAGAAUAAUUCUAGAUUUAAGAAUCUAACGCAUAUGAUUAGCUACAAAACGUUUAAGGGGGCGCACGCACCGUGUUCAACAAACUUUUUUUUCUUUUGCUCGGUGUUCGGUCUGAAUUCCGUCAAAUGUGUAUUUUCGGUCAGCAUUUAUAUUUAUUAUUGUGGUUAUUAUCAAUUAUACGACUUUUUGGUGUGUUUUGGACGAUAGAUAUUAAUAAAUGAACAAUUCAUUCCAAACUGAAUUGCGACGCAGUUCAAUGUAUGAAUCUCCGUAUUAUUAGCUUGUAAUUGCUUUGAAAUGUAUAAGUCUUCAUUUUGUUAUGGAGUUUUUUUUUACAAUAAUCCACAAUGCAGUCAAUAGUAUUUCUUUUGGAAACAAUGAAAAUAAAGAUACAAUUUCAUCAGAUGAA